UGGCUAUUAAUUAUUCUGGUGAUCGUCGUAUAGAUACAGUGAUUGUGGGAUAUCUCUUAAACUAUUAUUCAGAUAAUGCUAUGAAUAAUGCUGGAUGGAUGUUUACCGUUACUAAAGCAUUACCUGACUUGUACGAUCAUAAUAUGGAUUAUUACAUUCAUGAACUACUUUACAAACGGUGUUUUGGCGCAAAAGAAGUUCAAAUUGAUACAUCACUUAUAACUCGCAGUGAUUUAUUCGAAGGGCGUUUUAAACCUGUUCACUCCCUAUACAUUAAUCGAGAACUUUUACGCAGACCAACAACAAAACCACGUGAUAGAAGCCAAGUUAUUCAAAAGAUUACAGAUUUUUUUUCAUAUGAGAAAGUUAUUGAAGAAGUGGAAGAGUUAGAAGAAGUUUUCAAAGAAAAGAAAACCGGGCUUUUUGAUGUUGAGAGACAUGAUCCUCUCAUAUCUACUACUACAAAUGUGCGAGUUGUUCCGCUUCCUGGUAACAUCGCUUAUAUUGAAUUAAUAU